AUGGCGCAUAAUCGCCGCGACGACGACCUGGCCUAUGGCGACUACCAUGGCCAGCAAGAGGGUCAAGAGGGCGAUCGAGGCAUGAUAGGCGACAUGGGUCGGCGCCUGUUUGGGGGCAAGAAAGAGAAUUCCCAGCAAGGUUCAUCGUCCCAAGGCGGCAGCAUGUCGUUCUUCAACAAGCUGCAUGAGCCGUUUCAUGGCUUCGUCUCUGAUCUCAAAGACUCGCUCUCUGGCAAGGACGAGAACAAACCACAGCAGCAGGGAGCGCCGGCGCAGCCAGGCCAGGAGUACCACAGCCAGCAUCGCUUUAUGAGCUUUGCGCCAGAGAGACGUGGCAACGAGACCAAGUGGUAUGUCGAUGGUUGCAGCUACAUGUAUGCAGUCUCGAUUGCCAUUGAGCAUGCCAGAGAGUCUAUAUGGAUCCUCGACUGGUGGCUGUCACCCGAGCUAUACCUGCGUCGCCCACCGGCGAAGAACCAGCAGUACCGAUUGGACCGCCUUCUCCAUGCUGCGGCUGAGCGUGGUGUCAAGGUCAACAUCAUCGUGUACAAGGAGGUUACCCAAGCUUUGACUCCUCCGCCCAUAUCAGUCUCCUCCGCGCAUACGAAGCACCACCUCGAAGAACUACACCCCAACAUCGGUGUCUUUAGGCACCCUGAUCAUCUUCCGGAUGCGGCGGUACUACAAUCCUCCUUCUUCGCGUCCAUGAAGAACAUGUCCUUCAGUCCGGCGAAGUUGGCGCAGAUGCCAGGCGACGGUCUCAAGGCGAUAUACGGAGCCCACGACGGCACUGUCAUGUACUGGGCGCAUCACGAGAAGUUGUGCCUUGUCGACGGUCAGAUAGCUUUCAUGGGUGGCUUGGAUUUGUGCUAUGGUCGAUGGGACACGAACCAGCACGCGAUCGCAGACGCACAUCCGGGUGACAUGGAACGCAUUGUUGGAUGUGGAAGGUGGGGUAGGGAAGAGCGGGGUAGGGUCGUUCGUUCACUUUUUUUGAUGAGGCGUUGCGUUCUAUCAAGCACAAUAGUUGAAAUAAGACCAGACAUGAUCAAAUUGAAGCUAUGGCAUACAAUAGUCGUAUAUUUCCAAUCUAAGCUGAAUGCGUCGCAAGCAGCCAAAGCCAUAAGUGAAAUGUUUUCCACUUGCUUUAUUCAGCCAAGUCGUGCUCCUUAA